AUGAUGCGAGAUAUUGGAUCGUUCAGACUGCCUCGGAGUUACUUUGGGAAUGCCAAGUCAGGUGAAAUAACGGACUUGCAACUUCACGUAUUUGCUGAUGCGAGUGAGACAGCGUACGGAUGCGUGGCGUAUUUUCGCGCCAUUGUUCGUGGAGAGGUGAGGUGUGCCCUGGUUAUGAGUCGGUCCAAGGUGGCCCCACUGAAGCAAAUCUCGAUCCCUCGCCUAGAACUUCUUGCGGCUGUCCUUGGAGCUCGGUUGUCACGGACGGUGCUGGAGAGCCACAGCUUUAAGGUUGAUAGAGUGGUAUACUGGAUCGACGCAAGCGUGGUACUGUCGUGGAUUCGGUCUGAUCAGCGCAGAUACAAACAGUUUGUCGGAUUUAGGAUCGGAGAAAUACUUAGCCUGACAAAGCUGACGGACUGGCGCUGGGUUCCGACAAGGUUAAACGUAGCAGACCAGCUUACGAAGUGGGAGAGUAGAAGAGUGGCCGAAAAGGAAUUACCGCCAGCAAACUCAACGGAGGAGCUACGCGUUCAUUUGUUGCUGCACGAUGUGAAGGUACCGGAUGUUCUCGUGGACGCUCUUCGCUUUUCCAAGUGGACAGUACUGGUACGUACGAUGGCCUGUGUAUUCCGUUUUGUGUCUAACGGCAGGAGGAAGAUUCAAGGGCUGCCGAUUGAGACUCUGCGAGCAACAGGCAGACAGUUAAAAGUGCUGAAGCAGAGGUCCGCUGCGUCGGUUCACAUACCGUUGCAGCAGAACGAGUAUGAGAAAGCGGAAUUGUUUCUGAUGAAGACGGCGCAGGCGGAAUGCUUUAUAGAUGAGUUGAAGGUACUCAAGAGGAACAAGGAUCGCCCGGUAAAUCAGUGGAUGGCGCUGGAGAAGUCCAGUUCGCUGUACAAGCUAACACCGUUGGUCGAUGCAAAAGGUUUAAUACGAAUGGAAGGUCGAGUCGAGCGAGCGGAAUUCCUUCUGUUUGAUAUGCGAUUUCCAGUGAUUCUUCCAAGCGAUCACAGGAUUACCAGAUUGAUUGUCCAGUACUACCACGAGAAGAGCGGUCAUGGGUACCGUCAAGCGGUGAAGAACGAACUGAGUUACGUCGGUGUGGAUUACCUGGGACCGAUCGAGGUGACCGUUGGUCGCAGGACGGAGAAACGGUGGAUAGCGUUGUUCACCUGUAUGGUUACACGUGCGGUUCACCUGGAAGUGGCUCAUGGAUGGACAACCCAGUCGUGUUUGAUGGCGAUCGAUAGGUUUACCAGUCGCCGAGGCUGGCCCUUCGAGUUCUUCUCCGACAAUGGGACGAAUCUGCGAGGCGCCAGCAAAGAAAUAAUAGAGGCUGUGAGGAAUAUCGGAGACGACUGUGCUGAUCAACUUACGACACCUCAUAUGGGGGGCGUGUGGGAGCGCCUCGUACGUUCAGUGAAGGAAGUACUGACUGUUAUUGACGACGGUAGACGAAUAACGGACGAAAUUCUGCAGACUGCCAUCGUUGAAGCGGAGGACAUAGUCAACUCUCGUCCACUCACCUACGUUUCUCAACAGUCUGACGAAGCAGAAGCACUAACGCCGAAUCAUUUUUUGAAAGGUGCUUCACCGAAUUCACCGUGUGCUGUUUUGCCAACCUCGAACCCAGCGGUGGCGCUUCGAGACGCUUUCCAGCGUUCGCAGCAGCUAGCUAGCAAUAUGUGGGAACGCUGGCUUAAGGAGUACGUUCCAUCGCUGAAUACGUGGACUAAGUGGUUUGGUGAGACAAGACCGUUACGAGCUGGAGACUUAGUAUAUGUCGUCGAAGGAAAUAACCGGAAGUUCUGGAUUCGUGGAGUAGUGGAGGAACCCAUCGUUUCUGGAGAUGGAAGAAUCCGACAGGCUUGGAUUCGAACAAAGAGCGGACGGUUGAAGCGAGCGACAGCGAAACUGGCAGUGAUGGAAAUCGGUGAGGAAGGUAACUCUGAUCGGGAUUUGACUCCCGGGACAGGGUUACGGGCCGGGGAAUGUUCUGGCCACACUGGUGUUGUUCCUGCCGCAUCGCUGUAG